GUUUCAAAGAAGACACGUUGGUCGAACGGAGCAUGGCACGGCUUAUACGCUCUCUAAGGCAAUGGCCGCCAUUGCAGCUGCAGCAGAAGUACCACUGCUGCUCCCGAAUACUAACAGUGUCAACUAAACCCCCUUCCCAUUGUUUCUCUUUCGCCAUUUCAACUUCCUUCCUUGGGAACGCUCGUCAACGCCCACGAGGAAUCAUAUCAUCCAAUGCCGCAUCCCCAUAUAAUGUCCAAGAAAGAGAAAUCGGUGACGAAACGGAAUCCGAUGUAAACAAGAGCCGCAACCAGAAGAAGCGCGAGGCUCGUCGCGCAGUCCGUUGGGGUAUGGACCUUGCUUCCUUCUCAACCCGUCAAAUCAAACGUGUCCUCAGAGUGGCUUCUCUCGAACAAGAUGUUUUUGAUGCUUUGCUGUUGGUUAAGAGACUAGGCCCUGAUGUUAGAGAAGGAAAGCGAAGGCAGUUCAAUUAUAUUGGGAAAUUGCUGCGAGAAGCAGAUCCCGAAUUGAUGGAAGCUUUGAUUCAAGCUACAAAAGUAGGUGACCAAAAAACGUUGGUGGCUUUAGCUGGUUCAAAGACACAAAUCGUUGAAGAAGAAGAAGAAGAUGAUGAAGAUCCAUUCGAAUAUACUAGUUUAUUGAUAUUGCAAAUAGAUGGGUUGAUCAGCAAGGACAUUGAAAUUACAAACGAAGUAUUUUCGGUUAGAAGUGUUGAUUUCGAUCGCCAGGAAUUGCGUAAAGUUGUUCGAAGAGUGCAGACGAGUCAAGAACAAAGCCGGAAUCCGACUGAAGAAGACAUGGCAAAAAUAGAAGCAGCAGUGAAGAGUGCUGAAAAGUCCCUCACCCGUUUUCUUCGUACCCUCGCCAAGCAAUUACCAACAAAAGAGAGUUUUGAUUAAUUUGUUCUGUAAGAAUAAUAUUAUUUUUAUUUUUAUUUUAAAUUU